AUUUGCUUCCAGGAGAUGGCAGUAGUGCAACAAAAAGAACCCAGUUGUGCUAGUUGUAGGGAAACGACAAAGAAGAAGAAGACCAUCAUGGCGUCAGCGAGCAGUGAUGAGUGGAGAACUGUUUGCGACAAAUUCACCAACGCCCAAAACCUUACUGUUGUAGAAUCACGAAAUGACCCUGAGAAUGACCCGUUCCGCUCCAAAUACAAGGCCAGGGAGCUCCUCAGAGAGAUACACUGCUCGCUUAAGAGUUUCGAGGCCGGCGAAGGUGAAGCGGAAAGCGGUGAAGAGAUCGGCGACCAGCGGCCGAUAGAGCCGCCGGUGGACGGACAGAGGGAGGACGGGUUCGGUCAGGGCUUCAGCGGCGACUCGCCUGCCGGGCUGCGGGCCGCUAAACUCGGGGCUGUGGAGUACUAUCUGGGCGUCAACCAUGUUGACACAGAGGAGCUGUCAGCCGGACAGGAGCAUCUGAUGAACUGCAUGAAACAGCUUGAGAGAUGCAGAGUGUCGUCGGAGAAUGUGUCGCUGUUUAUCCAUGUCAGGAACCAGUUGGGUAUCCUGUGGGCAGGCCGGGAUGAGACGGAGACAGCUCAGGGAUUCCUUGAAACAGCAGAAUCCAUCUACCAACGUUAUAUAAAGGAGGACGGGAGUCCACCCACUGAUAUGGCAGAGUACUUCACUACUGAAGAGAAGCUGCUGACGCAUCAGGAAAGGACCAAGAGGUUUGAGUUGGCCUACACCCAUACCAUGUACUACCUUGCUCAAGUCUAUAAAAACCUUGGUGAAACUGAGCGUGCUGCUACCUACUGCCACAGCACCCUGCAGAGACAGUUGCAGUUAAAUCAGUACAGUCCAAUGGAGUGGGCUCUGAACGCUGCUACACUAUCACAGUAUUACAUCACUAAGGGCCGAUACAUGGAAGGCAGACAUUGCCUCUCAGCAGCUACUGUCAUAUCAGGUUUGGCAGGAGAGGUUCCUUCUGAGGCAGCAGCACAGGAGAGUGAGACAGAGAGUGAGCGUAGGGAGCAGCUCAUGCAGAAGAGGGCCGAGAUUGCGAGAUGUUGGAUCAAAUACUGUCUCAAUGUCCUGCAGGACUCUAAGAAGCUGCUAGAGGACAGCAUCGGGGAGCUGGAUACUGAUCGUCAAGAAGAGUUGAAAAGAGCGAGGAGACGUGAAGAGGAGGAGGAAGAGAAGGGCAGGAAGAGCGCUCUGCUGUUUGGCUCUGAAGACACCUUUGACUCCAUUGCUAGCCUGGAAGAGAAGGUGCGCUGUUUGUUACCAUUGGACUUCGCUGAGGCCAGAGCUGUAUUUCUGGUGGGACAGAAUUAUGUCACGCAGGCCAAGGAGUACUUUCAGAUGGACGGCUAUGUGACGGACCACAUAGAGAUCUUGCAGGAUCACAGUGCUCUGUUCCGGGCCCUGGCUUUCUUUGAAGAGGAUCUGGAGCGGCGCUGCAAAAUGCACAAACGCAGAGUGGACAUGCUGGAGCCAAUCUGCAAUGACUUGAACUCCCGGUACUACCUAAUGAUCCGCAGACAGAUGAUGUUUGAGUUGGCUGAGAUCUACAAUGAAAUGAUGGACCUGAAAUUGACACUGGCCAACAGACAAGCUGAUACACAGUCUCUAGAUAACCACACUAUUAAGAAAUUCAACCAUCUCUGCUCUGCCUCUGCCAAAUACUUCCAGAUGUUCCUAGACUCUCUGUGUUCUCCAGAGGGGAAGAUUCCGGAGCACCUUGAGGAGGAGGUGCUCAGACCGGCUCUGGUGGCCCGCUUCAGAUUGGCCCGACUCCACAGCCGGCUUAUCAGCUCUUCAGUCUCUGUUCAGCUGGAAAACCUUGACAAGUCUCUGGAAAACUACAAUUAUGUGGUGCAGUACUGUGAGGCCCACCCUGAGGCAAAAGCCGCUGUGGAGACGGAGCUAGAGCUGAGUACGGAGAUGGUCGGUCUGCUCCCUCUCAAAAUCAAUCGCCUCAAAGUUAAGAUGACUGCAAACAACUGAAGGACGCCACUGCUCACUGACUGAGUUAUUGUUUGACUGAAAGUGUUGAAUCCAUCCAAAUGAGGCAUGCUGCUUCCACAGGACCUUUUAACAUAUUACACGCUGUACAUAUGUGCUCCCCUCUGUGAAGUAAAAUGUGUGGUCAAUUUACUUUUAAUUCAAAUGGCACCGUAAAUUUACUCACUUCAAAAUUAAUUUGACAAUGUCUUUCUCAUAGUACUAAUACAUAAUUAGAAUAGUUGAUGAUAUCUUUUCAACACUUUGAAGUGAAUGUGGGUUGACCCAGACCUGGUUUUUCUCUUUACAUCGAUUCUUUCUUCCCACUCAGAGUGGUGUGAAGAAAUCUUUGUUGAUCUAUCGCUAAAAUGCUCCCUUUGCAAGAAAAAAUAAAAACUAGCUGCUUGGACUAAGGCAGUCCCCUUAACAUCCUUGAGUUGGCUAUGUACAUAACAGAUUUUUAUUUUAUAUUGUGUCAUUUCAUUUUAUUUUACAGUCCUAUGUGACCAUAGUCUGAUGCAUACUUGUUUUCUAUUGUUAAUCAUAUUGGUUUUCAUUUAAUGUGGCUUCAUUUUGUGUAAAGCCCUCUAGCACACUAAAAUUAUUUCUUUUAGCUACUUUAUGUCUCUGAUGGUUAAACAAUUGUUGAGGCCUACUGUAACCAGGGUUAGUGUUGUAAUAUGCAGGCAAUGAUGAAGAAACUUAAAUAUAAACCAUCUUCUGUACCACAUA